GUCGAUGCUGGUGCCCCCCCUGAUGGCACCAGAGGCUACAGCGGCUCCGGACAUUGCACAGUACCAACAAGACACAGAGGUCUACAGGCGCCGCGCGAAGUCCUUUAAAAACAUCUUCGUCAUCGAGGCCUCGGUGCGGAAGGAGACCUGGGCCUUCUUCUCCUCGCUCCCCACGGAGGUGCGAAGCUACUUGGAUCGCCUGCACGAGCGCGGCGCCGCGAUGACGCACGCGGCACCCGUGGGCUUUGCUGCGGAGGUGGCACAGGUCUUAGAUCAGCUGGGCGUCAAUACCUGGACCGCCAUGGCAGGGCCUUUAGAACUUCACCUCCUUCAGGCCAAGAAUAUUCACGGGGAGCAGGUGGUUUACGAGUGCAAUGAAGCUGACGCCUACUGCGCUCUUCGACAGGAGGAACGGACACCCCAGCUGACCAUGGCCACGAAGUUUCGGCACAAGCUCUUGCAGAGGAUGGGUGUGCAACUGGUGCACAUCAACGUGUGGGAAUGGAACCACCUCAGCGAGGC